CUACGUCAUUUCCCUGCGCAGCAAGCUGACUCGCUACCCCUCCGGUCACCUCUGUGUUGGACAGUGAGGUUGACAUGUACCGAGCUCUGAGCACCGGCAGGCAGCAGGGGACAUCUGUCCUGCGAAGGCUUCUCAGUACCUUGGUUAUUGCAGAACAUGACACCAAUCAGGUGACACCAAUAACUCUAAGUGCAAUCACUGCUGCCAAGAAACUAGGGGGUGAUGUGUCCUGUUUGGUUGCCGGGACCAACUGUACCAAGGUAGCUGAGGAACUGGCAAAGGUGGAGGGAGUGAACAAACUAUUUGUAGCUCAGCAUGAUGUGUACAAAGGAUUGCUACCAGAGGAGCUGACACCAUUGAUUUUGGAAGCACAGAAGCAGUUCAAUUUCACACACAUCUGUGCUGGAGCAUCGGCUUUUGGCAAGAGUCUUCUACCCAGAGUAGCAGCGAAACUUGAUGUAGCUCCUGUCUCAGACAUCAUUGAAAUUAAAUCUCCAGACACAUUUGUCAGGACAAUAUAUGCAGGAAAUGCCUUGUGCACUGUGAAAUGUGAUGAGUCUGUGAAGGUAUUCACUGUAAGAGGGACAUCGUUCGAGGUGGCUCCAUCAUCGGGGGGAAGUGCAAGCACAGAAACAGUUUCAGCCACGGCACCGGUUGGGCUCUCAGAGUGGCUGCAGCAAAGUCUUACUAAAAGUGACCGUCCAGAGCUGACCAGUGCCAAGAUUGUGGUUUCAGGAGGCCGUGGACUGAAGAGUGGUGAUAACUUCAAAUUGUUAUAUGACCUGGCAGAUCAGCUGCACGCAGCAGUGGGUGCAUCUCGUGCUGCUGUGGAUGCUGGCUUUGUCCCCAAUGACAUGCAGGUUGGGCAGACAGGAAAAAUUGUUGCUCCUGAGCUCUAUAUUGCCGUUGGGAUCUCUGGGGCCAUUCAGCAUCUGGCUGGGAUGAAGGAUAGCAAGACUAUUGUUGCCAUAAACAAGGAUCCAGAGGCUCCUAUAUUCCAGGUGUCUGACUACGGUUUGGUUGCAGAUUUAUUUAAGGUGGUUCCAGAAAUGACUGAAUUGCUAAAGAAAAAAUGAAAUUUUUUAAUGGGCAAAAUUCACUCUCCUAGUAAAUGUUAGUCUAAUUAACAAUGAAAAUUAAAAUCAUACGGUCUCUGCAAAACUGUUUAUACAUUCAUGCAACAAAGUAUUUUUUUUUUUACCAACAAUGUCCGUCUGAAUAGUCAACAAUAAAUACAACGAAAAACUU